GCCACAACUUAUUAAGUUGAGGAAAAACUUUUUCUGGUCACAUCCUGGGCUCUGUAGAACUGCAAAAUAUAUACCCUUUUGAAUUUUUGUUUUUAACUUAUAUGGUCAACUGAAACGAGAACGUUCACUUCUCACGUGGGAAGCAUUAGCAUACACAACAGAGUGGAGCAUCUUUACUUACACACAAUCUUUGUUUUGGUGAACAACCCGCUUAGAAAAAGGACGGAAAUCCGCUAGAGGGGGCUCUUGAACCCGGAGCUGCAGUUCACGCCACAGACUGAGGAUCCCACUCGCAACAACUGGCCGUCCUGAGGAGUGUGCACGACUGCAGAGUGAAGCAGAACAAGUUUGAGGUGGAGUAGCGCCUGCCACACCUGAACAGGUCGCGUGUUUAGAGGUGCACGCGCUCCACCCUUCCACUCCCGCCCUGUUGAACUCCUUCUCUCAGUCAUUGAGUGUGUUUUCAGGUAUAGACUGCUGCCUGCUCCGCUCCAGAUCUACACCGCUGCGCGCGGAUCAUCUGUGAUUUGAAGUUUUAUAAAAAAAGCGAGGAGAGUGUCUUCUAUCAGCUGGAAGAGAAGACAGGCUGUGAACGAGCCUCGUCAUGAACUGGGCAUUCCUCCAGGGCCUCCUCAGCGGAGUGAACAAGCACUCCACAGCCUUCGGCAGAGUCUGGCUCUCCGUUGUCUUCCUCUUCAGGGUGUUAGUGUUUGUUGUGGCUGCAGAGAAGGUGUGGGGGGACGAACAGAAGGACUUCAACUGCAACACGGCCCAGCCGGGGUGCCACAAUGUCUGCUUUGACCACUUCUUCCCCGUCUCCCACAUCCGGCUGUGGGCCUUGCAGCUCAUCUUCGUCACGUGCCCCUCACUCCUGGUGGUGAUGCAUGUGGCCUACAGAGAAGAUCGGGAAAAAAAACACCAACUCAAAUUCAAGAACACUUCCCUCCGGCUCUACCAGAACACCGGGAAGAAGCGAGGGGGGCUUUGGUGGACCUACCUCCUCACUCUGUUCUUCAAAAUAGGCGUGGACACCACCUUCGUUUACCUCCUCUACCACAUCUACGAAGGCUAUGACUUCCCCCGACUCAUCAAGUGUCAGGAGAAACCCUGCCCCAACAUAGUGGACUGCUUCAUCGCCCGCCCCACUGAGAAGAGAAUCUUCACCCUCUUCAUGGUGGUCACCAGCCUGGCCUGCAUCCUCCUGUCCUUCUUUGAAGUCGUCUACUUGAUUGGCAAACGCUGCCACGAGUGUUUGUCCGACCAACAUGACUCUGGCCCGAUGAUGAGGACGGAGAUGAAAACCCUGCAGAUGACAGGCAAAAGCACGCCCGAAACACCCGCACCCUCGUACAGUUUGGUCGUGUCCUGAAACCCAGACGCAUGAGAACUAUAAGGACGAGGCGUCUCUUAAUCUUAUCUCAGAGACUGAAAUUAAAUGGAGAUUAUUCCUAAUCCCAGAAAUGUAAAAAUCUGGGCUGUGAGAUGUGUCAUUGAACUGGAAUGUUUACACCGUUGUGGGUAUUGCUCUUUUUUUUUUUUUUUUUUUAAGUACCACAACGCCAUGAAUAGUCUCACAUAAAAGCCUUCAAGCCUGUUCCAGCAAAAGCAUGAGUCACUCCUUGGUUUCCAGAGCUGUGCGGUUUGGUGCUUCAGAUUUUCCCUCUCCAAACUCUUAUUCCAGCCUGGAAGCAUUCCUCGCUCAGAUGUUCAUUUUGGAGUGUUGGUGAAAACAGAUUUCUUAUUCCAAAUGUUUCAAAUCAUCGUAUUUGUUUGUGUUAACAAAAAUGUAAAAAAGCAGCUUGUAAUGUUUCAGAAUGUGCACUUUUUUAGUGCUGAUGUCUGCAAAUGUGUGUGUGUUGUUGUUUUUUUUUAAUAAACACGAAAGUGCGUUUUGAAAAA